CUCGCCCCAGUAGAAUAUAUAUAGACAAGUUAAGAAAGGGCUGUAAGCCUGCUCAUAAUUAUGGAAGCCCGAAAAGUCUUCCAAAAACUUAUAAGAAGCUAAGUACACAGGAUUCAAUAACACUUCCAGAAUUAUCUCAUAUGAUGUCGCCUAAAUUAUGGUGUUGGCGACCCUGUAACCUGAAAAGUGAUUCGUGAAGCAGGGUUGUAUGUUUUAUGAUUCUUCCAUUCAGGCGUAAGGUGAAGGAAGUCAAAUUUUCGUUUUAUAUCUGAUUGACCACUUCGUUCAUGGAACUUGGUUAAAUGGAAACGUAACGUUUUCUUAAAGCAAAUAAUAACCACUGCCUGCCUAAUAAUACUCAAUCUUUGGCAUGUUACGAUGUCUGGUAACCAGUUUAUGUGCUGUUAGAAUGGCAUUUAAACUCUGAUUCAUCAUGAUAAGCAUCAAGAAAGAAUACUAGAAGAGGGAAGUAUUAUUUGCCCAUCAUUAAGCCAUAGAUCUGAAGGAGGCAGUGACAAUGAAACAGUUAUGUUGACAAGGGCUGUAAUUAAUAUCUUCCAAAGCAAAGAUAUAAUUAAGAAGAUUAUAUUGAGCAUAGUUAUUAUAUUUAUUUGUUGUUGUAUGUUGCAUCCUGGUCGUUUCGCAUCAUCACAUUAUCAUUACAUCAAAUACUCUGAUAUUUCAAAUGAGUUGGAACCAACACCACAUGCCUUAGCAUUGGUGAAAGAAACUGAUAAGCCUCUGUGUUCACUCAUUCCUAAUGAAUUAGAAACCUCAUUACAGUACCCUAAUGAAUCUAUACGAGAAUAUGAUAUUAGAUAUUUAGCAGAUAGGCUUAACAUUGAAAAAGGUGGAGCAUGGAAACCACCAGAAUGUAUAUCUCAACAUGAGGUCGCCAUUGUCGUGCCCUAUCGAAACCGUACCAUGCAGUUACAGAUAUUCUUGUCUUAUAUGCAUCCAUUUCUCCAGAAACAGAUGUUAAAUUACCGAAUUUUUAUCAUUGAACAGUGGACUAAAGGUGCUUUCAAUCGUGCCAAACUAUUAAAUAUAGGUUAUGCUGAAGCUUUGAAAAUAUUUCCAUAUCACUGUUUCAUAUUUCAUGAUGUAGAUUUAAUUCCCCAGAAACUGAGCAAUAUGUACGCCUGUACCCAUCAGCCGCGCCACAUGUCUUCCAGUUUAAAUACAUUUCGUUAUAACUUGCCAUACAAAGAGUUGUUUGGAGGGGCAGUUGCCAUACUUCAGAAGCAAUUUGAACUAGUUAAUGGUUUCUCAAACAUAUUUUACGGCUGGGGAGGAGAGGAUGAUGAUUUUCAAAGCCGCAUAAUAAACAGAGGCAUGUCAUUGUGUCGUUUUUCACCAGAAGUUGCAAGGUAUACAAUGUUAGCUCAUUCAAAAGAACUGCCAAGUGAAAAUCGGUUUCUGAAUCUCAGAUCAGGAAGAGAUAGGUUUGAAACUGAUGGAGUGAACACACUCAAGUACACGAUCAUUAAAAUGGUUUAUUACCCAUUAUAUACCUGGAUAUUAGUUGAUUUAUAAACACAGCUCUGCCACUUGAGAUCACUUUUCUGUCAAUUUAUAUAUUACUUUUAUGACUGAAGCAAGUAAUUGAACCACUGUAAAGGAUUGCAUCAGUGUUCACUCAAUAUAAAAUCUUGUAGGUAUACCAACUUGUGAAAGUAAUUUAUUAUUAUUAUUAUUUAAGAAUUAAAUUUGUUGUGUGUCUAUAAUUCUCUAAAUUUACUGUAAAAUACUCAAAAAAUACCUGUUACAGACCUGUACUAAUUCUGGGCACCAGUUGCUAUGGCACCUAACAUUUUCGUGGUUGCACCUAUAUGUUCUUCCUCUUAUAUUUCUCAUAAGGAAAAUUAUUUUUAUCCCUCUUAUAGAUGUUGUAUUUUUAUUCCCACCCCUACUUUCUUGUGCCUGUUUAUUUGUUUCUCCUGUUGUCAUUCCUCUCCCUCUUCCCUUUCCAUCGCAUAACAUUUCCCCCACUGCUUUCUCUGAUCAUAUUGUCACGUGUUUAGUGAUUGUAGACAGGGUUUGGAGUGUAAUCAGAUUUAUUGGACUCCUAAACUUGUAACUACGAUUAAUUACAGUGCUACCACUGAUUCACACACUCUACAAUACACUACAGCACACACCAAGUCUUCUCAGUCUGCUGUGUCUUCACCAGUUGCCGUCUGGUAACAGCCUCCAAUGCUGUAGAUUCCUCAGCUUCUGUGUUCCACAGCCUUGGUCCUUGCUGGCUGGCACAUAUUUCACAGCCAUGUCUGACAUCUGUUGGUGACCCCUUCCUGUUAUUGGCUAGUGCUGACUGCAUGCAGAUUCUCUGUGUUCAAACUCACUCAACUCACUUGCUUGAAACCAAGUCCAAGUCACAUUGUGACUGACAGUCGGUUGGUCAGUCAGUCAGUCAGUAAGUGUUGG